AAGCUUUGUUUUCCUUAGGGACUGGUGUCCAUUCUGAAUGUGACGAAAAUUUAACUUGUGAACCGGAAAAAAAAAUUCGACCAAACUUCCGUUCGAUCAAACUCCGUCGAUCAAUUUUCUGUCGACGAAAUUUCUCUCAAACAAAUUAUUUUCUGGAUACGUUUAUUUGUUACAUUUUUAGGUAGGACACACAUUCAAUUGUGUUAGUCUAAUCUAAUUUAUGAAUGUUUUUUUGUUGUUGUCAGUCUGCUGUAGUACUAUAGUAACUAUAGUUUUAAUAUAAUGUAUUGUUUUAUUUACACAAAGUGUUAAUGUCUCAUUAAUCUACUUGAAAGCUUUAUACUUUAUUGAAGUCCAGCACUUUUAUUUUGGAUUGUCAGCAAUGAAAUAUGAAUGGUUUCUGGAUUCUCAGUACUGGUUUCUUGAUUAUCAAAACUGAUUACUUGAUUAUUUACACUGGUUUUUUGAUUAGCGAUACUGAUGCUGGUUCAUGGAUUCUCAUUCUUGUUCUACUCCCUUGAACAUUGUACUGUUAUUUUAAAGAAUUAUGCUUGCAAGGAGUCAUACCAAAAAUGUAUGAAAUACCCUACUCCAGUUAUUUUUUAAUUUCCAGAUUGUCAGGGGCAUUUGUGACUGGUCAAGUGGUCAGCGAUAUAUCCAUCUUUUUUUCAUUCAUGUGUGCUAGCUCCUCCUUCAGAUGUCAUCUGGUCGACAUUGUGACAUUUCGUACACUAGUCAGGUAUGUCAUUUGGAGGGAGGGGACAUGGGGCUCUUCUUAUGAUGCCCUUAGAUUAGUAGGCUUUGAUGUAACUCCUGUACACCAUGGGCCAGUUUCUGUUGAUGCCCUUAGAUUAGUGGGGGCUUUGAUGUAACUCCUGUACAUCAUGGGUCAGUUUCUUAUGAUGCCCUUAGAUUAGUAGGCUUUGAUGUAACUCCUGUACACCAUGGGCUUUUUUCUUAUGAUGCCCUUACAUUCGUGGGCUUUGAUGUAACUCCAGUACAUCAUGGGUCAGUUUCUUAUGAUGCCCUUAGAUUAGUGGGGGCUUUGAUGUAACUCCUGUACAGCAUAUGUCAGCAACCGUUCUUGGGCCCCCAUUAAGAUAUUGAUUGUCAGACAGUGUGUCGGGACAGGGACAGUCGGGAAAGAAUUAGUUCAGCCAGGUGGAACCGACCUGCUGCUCACCAGUAUCUCAGUUAUGGGUGGUCUCAAACAAUCACUAGAUGUGGGCUCUCACAAUCAUACAAUCACUUGGCUGUGGGUUCUCACAAUCAUACAAUCACUUGGCUGUGGGUUCUCACAAUCAUACAAUCACUUGGCUGUGGGUUCUCACAAUCAUACACUCACUUGGCUGUGGGUUCUCACAAUCAUACACUCACUUGGCUUUUGGUGCUUACAUUUUUAUUUAUUGUUUCCUUCAGAUAUAUGAAAGCAUGCGCUAUAAAAAGCAAGGAGGUUGUCCUUGACCCUCAUACAACGUCAUCACGUAUCUCCACCAUUUUCGAACCAGAGUGA